AUGGUGCUGUGCUACUCCAUGGCCGUGGGCCUCAACAAGGGCCACAAGGUGACAAAGAAUGUCAGGAAGUUGAGACGCAGUCGGUGCGGUGGGUGCCUCACCAAGCACACCAAGUUCAUGCAGGACAUGAUCCGGGAGGUAUGCAGCUUUGCGACCUACAAGCAGCACGCCAUGGAGUUGCUCAAAGUGUCCAAGGACAAGCUUGCACUCAAGUUCAUCAAGAUGAGUAUGGGUGCGCACAUCCGAGCCAUGAUAAAGCGGGAGGGGCUGAGCAACGUGCUGGCAGCCAUGAGGAAGGCGGUGGCCAAGAAGGGUUGA